AUGCGCCACGGCCUUCGCUCGCUGGCCAUCGCCGCGGGCGCGAUCGCCGGCGCGUCGGGCGGCCUCGUCUCGCGGCCGCACGCCUUCUCCGCCUCCGCGCCGGCCGCCAUCUCGCGGCGCGCCAGCAGCGUGCACGCUUCGGUCGCGAUCUCCAAGCCGCCGCUGCCAGAGGUGGUCGAGCGGGCGCCGGCGACGCACCCAGCGUUCGAGCUGGUCCGCGUCGAGAUGGUGGAUGAGUACACCAUCAAGGUCGCCACCUACCGCCACCGCCAGUCGGGCGCCGAGGUCAUCUCGGCACAGGCGGACGACGAGAACAAGGUGUUUGGCAUCGCGUUCCGCACGCCGGUGGAGGACUCGACGGGGGUGCCGCACAUCCUCGAGCACUCUGUCCUCUGCGGCAGCGCAAAGUACACCUCCAAGGAGCCCUUCACCGAGCUCCUCAAGGGAUCGCUCCAGACCUUCCUCAACGCGUUCACCUACCCCGACCGCACGUGCUACCCGGUCGCCUCGUGCAACACAAAGGACUUUUACAACCUGGUCAACGUCUACCUCGACGCGGUGCUCUCGCCGCGCGCCAAGCGCGACCCCACCGUCUUUGCGCAGGAGGGGUGGCACUACGAGCUCGACGCGGCCGAGGAGCCGCUCACGUACAAAGGCGCCAUAUGCGUGGUCUUCAACGAGAUGAAGGGCGUCUACUCGUCGCCAGACUCGCUGCUCUACCGCGCCGCGCAGCAGGCGACCUUCCCCGACAACACGUACGCCAAGGACUCCGGAGGCGACCCCGACGCGAUCGUCGAGCUGACCUUCGACCAGUUCAAGCGCUUCCACGACGCGUACUACCACCCCUCCAACUCGCGCAUCUUCUUCUACGGCGACGACCCGCUCGAGGCGCGGCGCGACCGAGCCACGCCCGCAGCGUCGCGUAUCGAGACGCAGGCGAAGUUCGCCACGCCGCGCCGCGUGGUCGAGCGUUUCCCCGCCUCGGCCGACGAGGCGGCGCCGGGGGCGCCGUCGCACAUGGUCAUGCUCAACUGGCUGCUCAACGAGAAGCCGCUGUCGCCGGUCGACGCGCUCGCGCUGACGGCGCUCGCGCUGCGCACACACACACUGCGGACACACGCGCACCGGGCCUUGCACUUCCAAUGCCGUGCCGGCUCCUGUCGUCGGAGUAACGAGGGACUAGCUUCGCGCCUUUCCCCGCCUCUUGCGACCUUCUCCGUCGGCCUCAAGGGGGUCGCCAAGGAAGACGUGCCAAAGGUAGAGGCGCUCGCCCUCGAGACGCUCGCCGCCGCCGCCAAGGACGGCUUCGAGGCGGACGCGGUCGAGGCGACCGCGGCCGUCAACACGCUCGAGUUCCAGCUGCGCGAGAUGAACACGGGCGGCUUCCCCAAGGGGCUCGCCUUCAUGCUCUCGAUGCUGCCGCGCUGGAUCUACCGCGACGAUGAGGGCGCGAACGUCGCCGACGCGCUGCGCUUCGAGGCGCCGCUGGCCGAGCUCAAGACGAAGUUGGCCAGCGGCGAGAAGGUAUUCGAGCCGCUGCUCGCUUCACUGCUCGUCGACAACGGCCACCUCGCGACCAUCGAGAUGGUGCCGGACGCGUCGCUGGCCGAGGAGUGGGCGGCCAAGGAGCGGUCCCGGCUGGAGGCGGCCAAGGCGGCGAUGGGCGAGGAGGAGCUGGCCGAUGUGAUCCGCUCUACCGCCGACCUGAAGCGCGCGCAGCUCGCGGAGGACAGCGCCGAGGACCUCGCCACCAUCCCGCGGGUGGGCUUGGCCGACCUCGAGGCCAAGGCGUGCCUCAGCAGAGUGCCCACCGACGUGUCGGCGCUCUCGGGCGGCGUGCCGCUGCUCACCCACCCGCUGCCUUGCGCCGGCGUGGUGUACGCCGACGUGCUGCUCGACCUGCAGCGGCUGCCCGCGGGCACUUCGGAGCUGGAUGCCACCGCACUGCAGCGGCGGAUCGGAGCGCGCACUGGAGGCAUCGACGUUGGCACCAAGCUGGAGCAGCCCGUCGGCGACAGUGGGGCCGUCGGUGCGCCGGACGGCGUGGUGCACAAGCUUGUGGUCCGGGGCAAGGCCGUGCGCGACCGGCUGCCGGACAUGCUCGAGCUGGUGCAUUCGAUGCUAACGGACGCCAACCUCGAUGCGCAGCCGAAGGCGGUCGAGCUGCUCAAAGAGUCAAAGUCGCGGCUGGAGGCUGCCUUCCUGUCGAGCGGCAACUCCUUCGCCGGCAUGCGGCUCUCCUCGCGCAACACUGCGGUCGGGUACGCCACCGAGCUGACGAGCGGCGUCAGCUACUACGAGGCGAUCAAGGAGAUGCUAACCACGGCGCAGGACGACUGGCCGUCCCUCCUCGCGCGGCUGGAGCGGCUCCGCGGGACCAUCAACGCGCGCGACGGCCUCAUGAUCAACCUCACCUCCGACCCCGACGCCAUCGACGGCGCCAAGCCGCAGCUGGACGCUUUUGUCGGCCGCAUGCCCGCCGCACCAGCCGCGGACGCGCACGGCGAGGACGCAUCCAAGUGGUCGAGGCUGCCGCUGGCGCCGCGCGAGGACGAGGCCUACGCCAUCGUCUCGCAGGUGAACUACGUCGCCGCCGGCUGCCGCCUCUUCGAGCCAGGCGAGAUUGCCGAUUUUGGCGCCGCGUCGGUCGCUUCGCGCGCGCUGUCGCUCGGCUACUUGUGGGACAAUGUCCGUGUGGCGGGCGGCGCAUACGGCGGCGGUUGCGCGCUCAAUCCGACGUCGGGCGGCUUUGCAUUCUCUUCGUACCGCGACCCAAACUUGCAGGCCACGCUUGACAUCUACGCCGCCGCCGCCGACGCACUCAGCGAGUCGGACAUCUCCGCAGAGGCACUCGAGCAGGCGAUUGUCGGCAUGGUCGGUGACCUCGACAAGCCGCUCACGCCCGACCAAAAGGGGCAGCGCGCGCUCAACUGGCACCUCACCGGCGUCACCACAGCGAUGCGGCAGGAGUUCCGCGACCAGGUGCUCGGAUGCUCGCCCGAGGCCUUCCGCGCGUUUGCAGAGCGGCUGCGCAAGGCCAAGCUGAGCGUGUCGGUGUUUGGCUCUGAGGAGGCGCUGGCGGCGGCCAACGCGAAGCGCGAGACGCCGCUGCCUGUCAAGAAGAUCGUCUGACACUCGCCCCGCGCGAGACCAGUCAACAGCGGUGAUGUGCGCGGGCGAGGGCGGCGGGCGGUCCUACAGAGCCCGAGCUGCGCUCCCUGCACCCUGGCGCGGCUUCAGUGCACUUUGAUGCCGAGGGCUCUCGGUCUGUCUGGGUGUAGAGAGGCGGGCUCAAAAGCUGCAUGAGUUACACGCCCACACGCAGCUUUUGAGCCCGACAACCGCUUGUGUGAAAAAAAUAGAUACGACGAAUA